ACCCUCCUGAAAUCUGGGCUUAUUUUUGGCAAUUUUCCCUGUAAAUGGGAGAUCUGUUAAAAGAGAUGCAAAGCAGAAGAGAUUGAAGAAAAACUGUGAAUUCAAAUUGUAAAGAGCUGCAAAAAGGGGGAAAAGAUUAAUUUUUUUGGCGAUUUCCCUCUCUCAAUCGACAUAUGAACCUGAAUUUUAGUUUUACUUCUACUUCCUCCGUGAAACCCUAAAAAUCGAUACAUUUCCCCAAUUUUCUCUACUAUUUAUCCUUACCCUUUAAUUUCCAGCACACAAUUUGGUCUUCAAUCGUCACCAAUCCAAUCCAACUUCCUAAAUUUUCACUCGAUUGCCUUUCGAGGUUUGGAAUUCGGAUGUUGUUUCGCGAUUUGCAACCUGGGCUGCCUGUAAGUUUCUUGAAUUCGGUGAUUAAGGGGUUUGAUUUUGCCUCCCGAAGCUGGCGAGUAUUCGUGUGAAGAAGUAUUAAUGGCAGAUCCGCCAAGUGUCUGCCUCUUUAUCUCUGUAUUUGAUCAAUUGGUGUAUAGGGUUAUUCUGUUGCGACGUGUGAUUAACCAUAAAGUAUGCUGAUCGUGCUACGGGUGCACCUUCCUUCUGAUAUCCCCAUUGUAGGUUGCGAACUCACGCCCUACGUGCUCCUCCGCCGUCCGGAUACCACCGUCACUACUGAUGAUGUGCCGGAAUCGGCUCCGAUCGAUGGCUAUUUUCUCAAGUAUAAAUGGUACCGUGUACAAAGUGAUCGAAACGUAGCCGUAUGUAGUGUACAUUCUUCUGUGCAAGCAACCUUGCAAUGCAUAGGCUGUGUUAAGGCGAAAAUACCUGUUGCUAAAAGUUAUCACUGCUCGACUAAAUGUUUUGCGGAUGCAUGGCAGCAUCACCGUGUGCUGCAUGAUCGUGCUACUACUGCUGUGAAUGAUACUGUAACUGAGGACGAUGAGUUAUUUGGACGCUACAAUAACCCAGGUUCUGGAGUGAUCAGUGCUACCUUCUCUGGUGCAGUAUCAAGUACUAGCUUGACCAACGGUCCGACUCCUUUUUAUCCUUCAUCCACUACACAAAGGAGUGGUGGUGAGACUUGGUUUGAAGUUGGACGAUCUAAAACAUACACACCAUCAGCUGAAGAUAUUGGCCAUGUCCUCAAGUUUGAGUGUGUUGUGAUAGAUGCAGAGACAAAAUUGCCCUCUGGACCAGUCAACUCUUUACUAACUUCCCGUGUGAUUCCAGCUCCAUCCCCUAGUCCACGCUGUUUAGUCCCUGUUAGUGGUGUUGAUGUGAUUGGGAAUUUGGACUCCAAUGGUCGUGCUUCAUCUUCUGGUUCUUUCACCGUGCUUUCAUACAACAUUCUUGCUGAUGUGUAUGCAACAAGUGAAUCAUACAGCUAUUGUCCUUCGUGGGCUCUUUCCUGGGCAUAUCGCAGACAGAAUUUGUUACGAGAAAUAGUUGGCUAUCAUGCUGAUAUUGUUUGUCUUCAGGAGGUUCAAAGCAAUCAUUUUGAGGCAUUUUUUGCACCCGAACUUGACAAACAUGGCUAUCAAGCUCUGUACAAAAGAAAAACAAAUGAGGUUUAUAGCGGAAACACACAAACAAUUGAUGGUUGUGCAACAUUUUUCCGUAGAGACAGAUUUGCGCAUGUCAAGAAAUAUGAGGUUGAGUUUAAUAAGGCUGCCCAGUCGUUGACUGAUGCUCAAAUUCCCACUGCACAAAAGAAGAGUACUUUAACCCGAUUAGCUAAGGACAAUGUUGCACUGAUAGUCGUUCUUGAAGCAAAAUUUGGCAAUCAGGGAGCUGAUAAUCUGGGGAAAAGGCAGCUUCUGUGUGUGGCCAAUACUCAUGUUAAUGACCAUCAGGAUUUAAAAGAUGUCAAGCUGUGGCAGGUGUCUACUCUUUUAAAAGGACUGGAGAAAAUAGCUGUUAGUGCUGACAUUCCAAUGUUAGUAUGUGGGGAUUUCAAUUCUGUUCCUGGAAGCGCCCCGCAUUCGCUUCUUGCAUUGGGGAAGGUAGAACCAUCACAUCCAGAUCUGGCAGUCGAUCCUCUCAAUUUAUUUCGUCCACCGAGCAAGCUGAUUCAUAAGCUUCAACUGGUUAGUGCUUAUUCAUCCUUCGCAAGAAUGGGUUCUGGUAUUGGAUCAGAGAAGCAAAGGAAGAGACUUGACCCAACAACAAAUGAACCCUUGUUUACAAAUUGUACUAGAGAUUUCAUUGGCACCUUAGACUACAUAUUUUAUACUGUGGACUCCUUAACCGUCGAGUCUUUAUUAGAGCUCCUGGACGAGGAAAGCAUGAGGAAAAACACGGCACUUCCCUCGCCGGAGUGGUCUUCUGAUCAUGUGGCCCUGCUCGCUCAGUUCUGCUGCAAGCCUCGAAUCAGACGCUGAGACUUCGAUGCAGAUGUGGAGACAUUCAUUGAAGAGAUGCAAUGAAAUAAUGUUGGAUACCGAUGUAAGUGUUGUUGCAAAGGAGGGAUAAGAUUUGGGCAGCAUGCUGUUUCUUUCCUAUUUUGAUUUUUUUUUUUUCAUUGAGGAAGAAAAUUUGGUAACUCCCAACAAAUCUUUGCCUCUGAUGUGUAAUGGCUCAAUGUCAAAAUCUGAAGCCAUCAUUCUCUCCUCUUUCUUCAUGUAUUUAUUUUGGUCCCACGAUGUGUAUGAUGAUGAUGAUGGUCUUUCAAUCUAUA